AGAUUUUGCAUUCUGGUGGAAAACACGACUUUUUACCAUAUUGAGUGGAGCUGUGAAUGUGAAAUAUGUUGAUUUAAGCAGUUUUGAACCAAGAGUGCAAGAAGGGAAUUUCAAGAAUUCAGUGGAAAAUACGUUUUUUAAAAAUUAAGUGACCAACUGUAGAGCUGCGCCAAAGAAAAAAGCCAAAGUCUUCUGAAAAUAAGGAAUUGGCCAAAGAGGAGAAACUCAAUGACACUCCAGUUCCUGAAAGAGCUCCAAAACAUGUAUUAUUUCAACGCUUUGCAAAGAUUUUCAUUGGGUGUCUUGCAGCAGUUACUAGUGGCAUGAUGUAUGCUCUCUACUUAUCAGCAUACCAUGAACGAAAAUUCUGGUUUUCCAACAGGCAGGAGCUUGAACGGGAAAUCACAUUUCAGGGUGACAGUGCCAUUUAUUAUUCCUAUUAUAAAGAUAUGUUAAAGGCGCCUUCAUUUGAAAGAGGUAUUUAUGAACUGACACACAAUAACAAAACUGUAUCCCUGAAGACUAUAAAUGCAGUACAGCAAAUGUCUCUAUAUCCAGAACUUAUCGCCAGUGUUUUAUAUCAAGCAACUGGUAGCAAUGAGUUUAUUGAGCCAGUGUAUUUCUAUAUUGGCAUUGUUUUUGGAUUACAAGGAAUAUAUGUCACUGCUUUAUUUGUUACAAGUUGGCUUAUGAGUGGAACAUGGCUAGCAGGAAUGCUUACAGUUGCGUGGUUCAUUAUUAAUAGGGUAGAUACAACAAGAAUUGAGUACUCCAUCCCUUUAAGAGAAAACUGGGCAUUACCAUAUUUUGCAUGCCAAGUUGCUGCACUUACAGGCUAUUUAAAAAGCAACUUAAAUACUUAUGCAGAGAGGUUUUGCUACUUGUUGAUCAGUGCUUCAACUUACACGUUUAUGAUGAUGUGGGAGUACAGCCACUAUCUCCUGUUUCUUCAAGCAAUAUCUCUGUUCCUGCUAGAUAUCUUUUCACUGGAGAAAAGUGACAAGGUUCAUGAAGUUUAUAAAAUCUACAUAUUUUCUCUUUUUCUGGGAUAUUUACUGCAGUUUGAGAAUCCAGCUUUAUUGGUGUCUCCUUUAUUAAGUUUAGUAACAGCCUUAAUGCUUGCUAAGUGCCUUCAGCUGAAUGUGAAGAAAGGAACUUUUGUAGCUAAAAUAGUGAAAGUGAUUAAUUUUUACUUGGUGUGUACUUUGACAGUGACAUUGAAUAUUAUAAUGAAGAUGUUUGUCCCACACAAGGAAAAUGGGCACAUGCUGAAAUUCCUUGAAGUAAAGUUUGGACUAAAUAUGACUAAGAAUUUUACAAUGAAUUGGCUCCUCUGUCAAGAAUCUCUGCAGGCUCCAUCUCAAGAUUUUUUUUUGCGAUUGACACAGUCUUCUUUAUUACCUUUCUAUAUUUUAGUAUUAAUUAUUUGUUUCCUUUCUGUGAUACAAGUUAUUUUUAGGAGAAUUAAUGGUAAGUUCCUGAAAGAAACUGUUAGUCUUGAAGAUGGACGAAUUGGAGAAAGGCCAGAAAUAAUUUAUCAUGUAAUUCACACUAUUUUAUUGGGUGCUCUUGCAAUGGUUAUAGAAGGCUUGAAGUACGUCUGGACUCCUUAUGUAUGCAUGCUAGCAGCAUUUGGUGUAUGUUCUCCUGAACUUUGGAUGACACUUUUCAAGUGGCUUCGAUUAAAAACUGUACCUCCAAUAUUGUUGGCUCUUAUUCUGAGUAUGGCUGUGCCCACUAUAAUAGGUCUCAGUUUAUGGAAAGAGUUUUUUCCAAGACUAAUGACAGAAUUAACGGAACUACAGGAAUUCUAUGACCCAGACACAGUGGAACUUAUGACGUGGAUAAAAAGGCAAGCUCCAGUUGCAGCUGUGUUUGCAGGGAGUCCACAGUUAAUGGGUGCGAUUAAAUUAUGCACUGGAUGGAUGGUAACAAGCUUGCCUCUUUACAGUGAUGAUGAUCUUCUCAAGAGAAAUGAAAAUAUCUAUCAAAUCUAUUCAAAGCGAUCUGCUGAGGAUAUUUAUAAGAUACUGACAUCCUACAAAGCUAAUUACCUAAUUGUAGAGGAUGCUAUAUGCAAUGAGGUGGGAACCAUGAGAGGCUGUAGAGUUAAAGAUUUAUUAGACAUUGCAAAUGGCCAUCUCUUUGUCUUAUCAUCUGAGACCAAUGUGGAGGUGGUUUGUGAAGAAGGUGACAAGUUAACCUACUCAAAAUAUGGGCGAUUUUGUCAUGAGGUCAAAAUUAAUUAUUCUCCAUAUGUGAAUUAUUUCACUAGAGUAUACUGGAACAGAUCCUACUUUGUAUAUAAAAUCAACACUGUGAUAUCCUUCCAGUCUUGAAAAAUAACAGAGCCUUCAUUUCAAAGACUUAUACUACCUGAAGUAAAAUAUGAUUCUCUUCUACCUACAUGGCAUCUUUUGCAGAUCCGACUAUGGACAUCUGAAGUGCUGCUUCUUUUCCCCUCCUGCUAUUAACUGGGUCCAGAGUUCUGUGGGGAAUAGAAGAUCAAGUAUUACUGUCCUUUGCUAGAAUGUCAAAUCUGCCACUCUGAAAUAUUCCAGACAGGUGUCUUCCUUACUAUCACAUGUCUUUAAAGGUUUUACAUAUUUAGCUUUUUCCCCAUGAACCUUCAUUCUGUUAUAAUAUUGAUCUUGAAUUUGAAUAUAUUCAGGGUCAGAGUAUAUUUCUGAAACAUAACUUUUAACAACUACUUAAUGUGCUAUAUAAUAGAAGGAAAGAAUUAUUCUUACCUUUAAGCAAAUUUCUGAAGGUGUUUCAUGGUUUAUAAUAGAAUUUAAAUUAAGAAAUAAUUUAAAUGUUAGCUGGAAAUA